AUGGCUGGAAUGGACAAAGAAAUUAACGAUCUUUAUCAGGUCAUUGAAGAAAAUGGCCAAAGUGAUGAUAAUCCGAUACGGUCGAUCUUUAUCAAGGCUAUCUCAUCAGCGCCGUCGGUUAUUCUUUUGAAAGAUUUGGAUGUUCUGGCGAAGGGACACGAUAGCGAAUGGAGGUUAAAAAUUAUCAAGAUACUGGAAAGAGAGCUUCAGAAGAUUCACGAGAAGGUGGUGACGCGACGCGAGGAAAUACUGAGAUUUUAUCUUGAAAACUUAAAUGUAGUGAAACCAGAGGAAAUAGAUGACUUUGUGAAAAAAUUGGGGAUGGUAACCGCCGGUUACGUGGCAAAGGAUUUGGAAAAAUUCGUGAGGUUAGCGGUGUUGCAUGCUCUUAGAGGAUUGAUAAGUAAGGAUGAAAGGCCUGUGAGGCAAGUUAGUAAUGAGGAGGAGGAGCUCGAGGAUCUUUUUGGAAAGAUGAGUUUGAAUGGUGGUGAUGUCGAAAACGAAAUGAAGAGAUCGUGGAAAUUGGAUUGGGAUAGUUUUGAAUAUGCACUCUCUGUGAUAAAGCCGUCGCAGAAAAUUGAAUUUGAAAGCGUGCUGCCAAAUAGAUUGUGGAGUGACAUCGGAGGACCGUCGAUAUACUCCAAAUAUUUAGGUGAAACCGAAAACAUCAUCCGAAAUUUGUUUAAGACGGCAAGAAGGAUCUCCCCCUGUAUCGUGUUUUUCGACGAAAUAGAUUCUAUUGCCUCUAGGCGAGAAUGGUAUGACGAAGGUGCCGACAUGGGGGUGAAUGAGCGCGUGCUAAGCACUCUGUUAAAUGAAAUGGACGGGAUACAAGAAUUAAAUGACGUGCUGUCGUCAGAAUCGUCUCAAUCGUCUCCUCAAGACACAGAUAAUCGACCAACGCUCCCGCAAACCAUACAUUUCUUCGUCUACCCAAUACCCGGAACGAGGGGUGAUGAUCCUACGUCACCACCACCUUUUAUAUUUUUCGCGCCAUUUUUCGUUCCGCAAGAAGCUCGGAAAAAUGUGUCGGAAUCUACCAUGAAGAAAUUACCAAUCGUCAAGAUUACACAAGAACACAUCAAUGCACAACCGAGUUGCCCAAUUUGCUUGGAACCAUUCUCCUUAUCGUCUGAUGAAGAUGGCGGGACACGUGACCGCGAGACAAGUUCACUACCUGAUAUCAAUAAUACUUGUCCAUUGUGCAGGGAAGAAAUUCCGUCCGAAAAUGAUUCACAAGAAUCGAACGAGCAAACAUCUACCGAGAGUGUGAAUCCGAUCCACUCUCAAGAUGCAACAAUGGACGAUGCAAGUUUAUCAACAUCAACUGAAUCAGAUGGCUCUUUUGCACAUUUUUCUCAUACUCACGCUCCACCUCAUAAUCAUUCUUCCCACCCUAAUCCUCAAAAUAAUAAUCAACAAGCAUCCGUCGGUUGUGCAUUAAGUGGUGUGGGAUGUUGUGGUGAAUUACAGAAUAAUGAAGAAUCACAUACUACUUCUCCAAUAGUCACUCUACCACAGUGCCACCAUCGAUUUCACGCUUCGUGUUUAAGAACAUCGUUGAUCGUCGAAGGUUAUUCUUUUGAGUCUUUAACGUCUCAACAAUUGUACUUUCAUUGCCCAGUGUGCCGUUCACCAGCAAUCAUUCAGACUGACGUGUUGAAGAUACCGUCGGCGAACUUAUCUAAUAAUAACUUACCAUCGCCGCAGGAACAGCAGCAAACUUCAUUAUUAAAUCUUCCCGUAAUAAUUCCUCAUUCACCACCAGAUCUAGAUGCAAUGGAUUUGGAUUAA